ACAUCAUUCGCUGAGAAGACCAACGAUAUACCUACCUCCUACCUAAUAUCUAUGUCUAAUAUAUAAUACCAAGACCUAAGAGGAAGGGAGAAAAAACAGAACAAAAACAAAACAACAACAACAACAACAAAAACAAAAACAAACACAUAUCAGAAGAUGUCGCAGCAGCAACAUCGAACUGGACCGCCGUACGCUCCCACCACCGCCAGCGUUGGUGGUCUUCCUUCUGUUAUACCAGAUGUGCCCGUCUCGGCCGUCUUCAUCGCCAUGUACGUGGCUUUCGCCGCCAUCAACAUGAUCAUAUAUCAAAUUAAUAGUCGGAGAGGACACAAAUUCAUCCCUUCCGUCGCCUUGUUUGGUUUCUGUAUGGCCCGCAUCUUGACCCUCGUCCUCCGGAUAGUGUGGUCUACCCGACACACCAACGUCAGUCUUGCUAUCGCCGCUAACAUAUUCGUCAAUGCUGGUAUUCUCAUCGUUUAUAUCCUGAAUCUCAUCUUUGCCCAGCGCAUCUUGCGAGCUAGGCAACCUGCUCUCGGCUGGCAUGUAUCGCUCCGUAUCAUUUACAGGGCCCUCUUCGUCGGAGUCGCCUGUGCCCUCGUCAUGGUCAUCACAGCAUUGGUCCUAUCCGUCUACAGCUUGAACUCGUACACCAUACGAGCUUGCCGGGACGUUCAACUGACCUCCGGGACGUACCUCCUCGUCUUCACCACUCUACCCGUCUUUCCCAUAGCCGCCGCUUACCUGUUACCUCCAUCUCCGGCCAAGGAAUCAUUCGGGGAGGGCAGUAUGAGGUCUAAGACUAUAAUAGUCCUCCUUGUUACUUGUCUCUGUACGAUGAAUUCGGGUUUUAGGGUUGGGACAGCUUGGUCACCACCACGACCGACGAAUGAUCCAGCUUGGUAUCAUGGCAAAGCCCCCUUCUACGUAUUUAAUUUCACGAUCGAGAUCAUAAUCCUACUUAUUCUAGUCUCGACCAGGAUCGACAAGCGAUUCUAUAUUCCAGAUGGAAGUAGUGAGCCGGGUCACUACUCUCGCCGCGUCGACUCGUCCACCGAGAGUGUCAGGGAUACUUCUGUCGAGAAGGAAGGGAAAAGCGAGGAGAGAACUCUGUGCGAUGUUUGAAAGAACUUAUUUGAAGAUAUAUGGAAUAUUUCAAAAUUAGUGGCGAGGUUUAUCUUAAUGCGAAAGCUAAUAUAAUGAUACCCAAUAGACGAAUAUUUCCACACACACCCCCUACC